UCCGGCGGCCCAAUUGAGCGCAGCCAGGCUUCCAACACACGCACGAACAACGCGCGGCGCCAAUGUACUGAAGACAAAACUUAUUUUUUUCUUCUUCCCAUCUUUUUUUCCCCCCCCACUCCCUCUCUUGACUUGUCUCUCUUCUAGAGGAGCAACAGCCGGCGAGGGUGGAGUGCGGGGGCGGCUUUUAUUCUGAAAGGUGCGCGCAUACACGCGGAAAAGAAAGAAAGAAAGAAAGGAAGGAAGGAAGGAAGGAAGAAAGAAAGGUGAAGGCGCUCGUGCGCGCGCCUCCUCCACAUCCUCAUCAUCAUCAUCAUCGGCUGGAUGUAAGAGACGAGCUGCCUCCUCGCGCGCACGCGCACGUGCACACGCGCGAUGUGAAAGAAGAGGACGCGCGCACUUUUUGUUUGAAACACCUCACACCUGGUACUCUGGGCCAGUCAGCAGCAGGAUCAGGAUGAGAAGAUGGCUGGCUGUGUGUUUCCAAUGGGACCAGAGAGCUUUCAGCGCUUCACGCCGGACUCCCUGGCGGCCAUCGAGCAGCGCAUCGUCAAGGAGCAGGCCCGACGCAACAAAAACUACCAGGAGGUAGACAGGAGGCGUAAAGACCUUGGCGACGUGGAGGUCCCUCGGCCCCGGGCUGACCUGGAGGCGGGAAAACAGCUGCCGCGCAUCUAUGCCGACAUCCCUUCUCACCUGGUGGGCGUCCCCCUGGAGGACAUCGACCAGUACUACUUCAGAGAUAAGCGGACCUUCAUAGUGCUGAACAAAGGCAAGGCCAUCUUUCGCUUCAACGCCACAUCCGCCUUGUACUUCUUCAGCCCCUUCCAUCCUAUACGCGCCGUGGCCGUCAGGAUCCUGGUCCACUCGUUGUUCAGCUUGUUCAUCAUGUGCACCAUCCUGACCAACUGCUGCUUCAUGGCCAUGUCGGAACCCAUCACCUGGGCCAAGUACCUGGAGUACACCUUCACAGGUAUCUACACCUUCGAGUCGCUCAUCAAGAUCUUGGCGAGGGGCUUCUGCGUGGGACCCUUCACCUUCCUGAGGGACCCGUGGAACUGGCUGGACUUCAGCGUCAUCGUCAUGGCAUAUGUGACUGAGUUUGUCGACAUGGGUAGUGUCUCGGCCUUGCGGACGUUCAGGGUUCUGCGAGCGCUCAAAACCAUCUCAGUCAUCCCAGGCCUCAAGACCAUCGUGGGCGCUCUGAUCCAGUCGGUGAAGAAGCUGGCCGACGUGAUGAUCCUCACCGUCUUCUGCCUGAGCGUCUUUGCCCUGAUUGGCCUGCAGCUCUUCAUGGGGAACCUUCGCCAGAAGUGCGUGCGCAGCACGGCGCACUGCGUCAACGGAAGCCUGGCCGCCAACGCGUCCUUCUUCUGCAACAACAAGACGUGGCCUUCCUUGCACGACUUUCGCAACGACGAGGACAACUUCUACAAGGUGGAAGGAGCCAAGGACGCCUUGAUCUGCGGGAACAGCAGCGAUGCAGGAAAGUGUCCGGAUGGUUUUGAGUGCCUGAAGGCGGGACGGAACCCGAACUAUGGCUACACCAGUUUUGAUACCUUUGGCUGGGCUUUUCUGUCGCUCUUCCGGCUGAUGACACAAGACUACUGGGAGAACCUCUACCACCAGACGCUGCGCUCGGCCGGUAAGACCUACAUGGUGUUCUUUGUGGUGGUCAUCUUCCUGGGCUCCUUCUAUCUGGUCAACCUCAUCCUGGCCGUGGUCGCCAUGGCCUACGAGGAGCAGAACCAGGCCACCAUCGCCGAGGCGUCCCAGAAGGAGCGCGAAUUCCAGUUGGCCGUGGAGCAUCUGAAGAAGGAGCAGCAGGCGGCCAUGCUGAAAGCCCUCGACUCAGACUCCAUCAUGUCGCCGGAAGUGUCCCCCUUUGGACCCCCGCUGGACAUCAUGGAGGAGCGGAGGCGGAGUCAGGCCCUGGUGGGCGUGGCGGAUGUGGAGGCCAACCUGUCUGAGGAGAAGCUGCUGCAGGUGGACGUGACGGAAGGCGGGAAGCCCCUCCACCCUCUGCUGGCCCGAUCCUUCUCCACCAAAACUCGCAGGAGCAGCCAGGUGUCGUCCAUCUUCAACUUCCGCCUGAGGAGCCGCGGCUCGGAGGCGGAGAUGGCCGACGACGAGUACAGCGUCCCGGGCGAUGUGACGUUAAGCAGCGUCCUGCCGCACCCGUGGACAAAACGGCGACCCAGCACCUACAGCACCGCCAGCAGGAGCUCGCCGGUAUUUUAUCCCACCCUGAACAUCAACGGGAAGCUUUUUGUUGCCAUGGACCGCAACGGGGUCUCGCCGCCGCCACUGCAGGGGCAGCUGCCUGCCUGCACCAUGGAGAAGGUCAAGGAGGAGAGUGUUCCCACCUCCUCCACGGAGCUCAGCACCGUGCUACUUCCUCGGCCCUCAUCCACGCACGGCUCCGAGCAGCGAGGGAGGGCGCCGAGCGCCACCAGCCACCUCACGGACGCCAUGGAGGAGCUGGAGGAGGCCCACAAGAAAUGCCACCCGUGCUGGUACGUCUUCGCCCACCGUUACCUGGUGUGGGAGUGCGCCCCCUUCUGGCUGGAGCUGAAGCGGCUGGUGAAGAUCAUGGUGAUGGACCCCUUCCUGGACCUGGCCAUCACCAUGUGCAUCGUCCUCAACACCCUCUUCAUGGCCAUGGAGCACUACCCCAUGACCGAGGAGUUCAACCGCAUGCUGAGCAUCGGGAACCAGGUGUUCUCAGGCAUCUUCACGGCAGAGAUGCUCCUGAAGAUCAUCGCUCUGGACCCGUACUACUACUUCCAGACGGGCUGGAACAUCUUCGACAGCAUCAUCGUGUGUCUCAGCCUCAUGGAGCUCGGCCUGGGCAGCGUGGAGGGCCUCAGCGUGCUGCGCUCAUUCCGCCUGCUGCGUGUUUUCAAGCUCGCUCGCUCGUGGCCCACCCUCAACACCCUCAUCAAGAUCAUCGGGAACUCCAUGGGCGCUCUGGGCAACCUCACGCUGGUCCUCGCCAUCAUCGUCUUUAUCUUCGCCGUGGUCGGCAUGCAACUCUUUGGGAAGAACUAUGAUGACUGCGUGUGCAAGAUCUCCAAAGACUGCUCUUCUCCUCGCUGGCACAUGAAGGACUUCUUCCACUCCUUCCUCAUCGUCUUCAGGGUGCUGUGCGGCGAGUGGAUCGAGACCAUGUGGGACUGCAUGGAGGUGGCGGGCCAGCCGCUGUGCAUCGUGGUCUUCAUGCUGGUCAUGGUCAUCGGAAACCUGGUGCUGUUGAACCUCUUCCUGGCGCUGCUCCUCAGCAGCUUCAGCUCCGACAACCUGUCGGGGCCCGACGACGACGGCGAGAUGAACAACCUGCAUAUCGCCAUCCACCGGAUAACCAGAGGCCUGGGCUGGUGCCGCAGACAGGUGGUGGACUUCUUCAACGGAAACCUCAAGCGGCGCCGGCAAAAGCGAAAGGAGGCCAAAGCCAUGAUGAAGCUCAAACCUCUGAGCAGCAUCCGCCUCGAGGCCAACGGCGCCGUCAUAGGUACCGCACCGCCGUCUGACGCCCGGCUCCGCCCCCACGCCGUGCUACAUAACCACCUGCACCUUCCAGGCCGCUACGUGGUGAAGGAGGACGACAGCUACAUGACCAACCCCAACCUGACCAUCAGCGUUCCCAUCGCCCCCGGGGAGUCCGACGUGGAGUUCCCCGACGAUGACGACGACGAGGAGGACGACGACGACGAGUUGGGCCAUGACGACCAGAGUGAGGAGUCGGAGGAGGAGGAGGGAGAGCAGGGGGAGAAAGAAGACAUCAGCCUGUCGGAGGGCAGCACGGUGGACCUGAGGAAGCCCGGGGAGGAGGACGACGAGUACUCGGAAAUGGCCGAAGAGGCGAUGGACCCCGAGAACUGCUUCCCUGACAUGUGCGCCUCCAGGUUCCGGUGCUGCGCCGUGGACACGACGGCGGGUCUGGGCCAGGUGUGGUGGCGGAUGAGGAAGACGUGUUAUCACAUCGUGGAGCACAGCUGGUUCGAGAGCUUCAUCAUCUUCAUGAUCCUCCUCAGCUCGGGCGCGCUGGCCUUCGAGGACAUCUACAUCGAGCAGAGGAAGGUGGUGAAGGUGGUGCUGGAGUACUCCGACAAGAUCUUCACCUACGUCUUCAUCCUGGAGAUGAUGCUCAAGUGGUUGGCGUACGGCUUCAAGAAGUAUUUCACCAACUACUGGUGCUGGCUCGACUUCCUCAUCGUGGACGUGUCGCUGGUCAGCCUGGUGGCCAACGCGCUGGGUUAUUCGGAUUUUGCCGCCAUCAAAUCGCUGCGGACGCUGCGCGCUCUCCGCCCCCUGAGAGCGCUCUCCAGGUUCGAAGGCAUGCGGGUGGUGGUCAACGCGCUGAUCGGCGCCAUCCCGUCCAUCAUGAACGUGCUGCUGGUCUGCCUCAUCUUCUGGCUCAUCUUCAGCAUCAUGGGCGUCAACCUGUUCGCCGGGAAGUUCGGACGCUGCGUCAACAGGACGGGGCACAUCAUCAGCGUGAACAUCAUCGACAACAAGUCCCAGUGCGAGGCGUUCAAUGACACCUCGCUCUACUACUGGAGCAAGGUCAAGGUCAACUUCGACAACGUGGGCGCCGGCUACCUGGCGCUCCUCCAAGUGGCCACCUUCAAAGGCUGGAUGGAAAUCAUGUACGCCGCCGUGGACUCGCGACACGUGGAGCAGCAGCCCAAAAAGGAGGACAACAUCUACAUGUACAUCUACUUCGUCGUCUUCAUCAUCUUCGGCUCCUUCUUCACGCUCAACCUCUUCAUCGGCGUCAUCAUCGACAACUUCAACCAGCAGAAGAGAAAGUUAGGGGGACAGGACAUCUUCAUGACGGAGGAGCAGAAGAAGUAUUACAACGCCAUGAAGAAGCUGGGCUCCAAGAAACCCCAGAAGCCCAUCCCCAGACCCAUGAACAGCGUGCAGGGCUUCUUCUUCGACCUGGUGGGCAAGCAGGCCUUCGACAUCAUCAUCAUGGUGCUGAUCCUCCUAAACAUGAUCACCAUGAUGGUGGAGACGGACGAGCAGUCCAAGGAGCACGAGAACAUCCUGAAAAACAUCAACCUGGCCUUCAUCGUGGUCUUCACCGCCGAGUGCGUGGUGAAGAUCGUGGCGCUCAGGUGCUACUUCUUCACCGUGGGCUGGAACAUCUUCGACUUCGUGGUCGUCGUCCUCUCCAUCGUCGGCAUCGUGCUGGCCGACAUCAUCGAGAACUACUUUGUGUCGCCGACCCUCUUCCGGGUGAUCCGGCUGGCGCGCAUCGGGCGCAUCCUGCGUCUCAUCCGAGGCGCCAAGGGCAUCCGGACGCUGCUGUUCGCCCUGAUGAUGUCGCUGCCCGCCCUCUUCAACAUCGGGCUGCUCCUCUUCCUGGUCAUGUUCAUCUACGCCAUCUUCGGCAUGGCCAACUUCGCCUACGUCAAGCGGCAGGGGGGCAUCGACGACAUGUUCAACUUCGAGACCUUCGGGAACAGCAUGAUCUGCCUGUUCCAGAUCACCACCUCGGCGGGCUGGGACGGUCUGCUCAGUCCCAUCCUCAACAACUCGCCCGAGGAGUGCAGCAACGACAUCCCGCACACGGGCACGGCCCAGCGCGGCAACUGCGGCAACCCGUCGGUGGGCAUCACCUUCUUCGUCACCUACAUCAUCAUCUCCUUCCUCAUCGUGGUCAACAUGUACAUCGCCAUCAUCCUGGAGAACUUCAGCGUGGCCACGGAGGAGAGCACCGAGCCGCUGAGCGAGGACGACUUCGAGAUGUUCUACGAGGUGUGGGAGAAGUUCGACUGCGAGGCCACGCAGUUCAUCGAGUACUCCAAGCUGUCCGACUUCGCCGACUCGCUGUCGGAGCCGCUGCGCAUCGGGAAGCCCAACAAGAUCAAGCUGAUCUCCAUGGACCUCCCCAUGGUGAGCGGGGACAAGAUCCACUGCCUGGACAUCCUCUUCGCCUUCACCAAGCGCGUGCUGGGCGAGUCGGGCGAGAUGGACGCUCUCAAGCAGCAGAUGGAGGAGAAGUUCAUGAUGGCCAACCCGUCCAAGAUCUCCUACGAGCCCAUCACCACCACGCUCCGGCGCAAGCAGGAGGACGUCUCGGCCGCCGUCAUCCAGCGCUGCUACCGCCGCCACCUGGUCCGCCGGCAGAUGAAGGCCGCCUCCUUCCUGUACCGCCAGAUCACCACUCCUCGCCACGUCCGGGCCGCCGGCGACGAUGACGCCGACGAGGAGGACGCGGCGCCGGAGAAAGAAGGGCUGAUCGCCGCCAUGAUCAGGGAGAACUACGGCGCCGGUCUGACGGGGACGGAGCGCUCCGAGACCGUCUCCUCCACUUCCUCGCCGCCCUCGUACAACAGCGUGACAAGAGCAUCGCCGGACUUCGGCGAGCCGAGCGAACACUCGCGGACGGCGGCCGACAUCCCGUAGUGACGAACAAAAAAAAAAACGUCCGAAGCGACGACUUCCUGCUUUUGUUUACCGAAUGUACGCCGAGGAGGAGCAAGUAAACAUUCACUACCUGGAACCUUCCUUCCUGCCCCCCCUGCUGGCAGCACCCGGAACUGCAGCGUUUUCCCCCCCCGUGAGGAUGUAAACAAGCACCCCAAACAAUAUAUCACUCAUGUAUCCCUCGCAGCGUUAGCUAUCUCCAGUGUUUGAGACCACCUUUUUGGUAGUAAAAGUCUUUUAAUAGCCGUACCAUUAUUACUAUUUUUUUAUAUUUUUAGAGUACGUUAAAGGCAAAAAAAAAAAAAAAAAAAAGCUUGGCAGUUUGCCUCCUUGCAGCUGCCAUUUUUGAACGGACGAGAGGAAAAAAACAUUUUCUUUCAGUGUUGUGCACUUUUUUUUUUUUUUUUUACCUUCCCUCCGUAUCGCGGCGUCGGACAAAAACGAGCUCGGAAUUCGGAGAUCGCUCAAACCUGGCUUUCGUCGCUAAUUUCGGAAUACCUGACAAAGAGGGCGACAAUCGGCCGCGCUUUUCCCCUUUUCGGAUGUUGACAGUACCGAAUUGAACCACACGGGGGCGUGUGCUGGCGAAACCGAUGCUUUUCCACUUCCUGUUCCUCCAACUCAAGUUUCAUUCCACAAAACAAAAACAAAAAAAACGAUUCUCACCCGAGUCAACAUGGAGUUCCUCCCAAAGAAACGGCACUGAAAGGUCAAUUUAAUUUAUUUGUCUUCUUAUGUAUUGACGCCUUAGUUUCCCGCUUCUUUUUUAUACGAAAACACGGACUCUAAGCGCCCCUUUUUUUUUGGGUAGUUUUUCUUUUGCACAGAGACAAAAAACCAACAAACAAGCGUGUGGAGCAAUAACUCUAAGGAAGUCGACUUUCGAGAACAAAACCUUUCCACUUUCCAGGGUCUUGUUGUCGCCGUAGGACGAAACGGGAAAUGCACAAAUACGCCGUGUGUCAAAGUGGUUCUGUUGUCCCGCCCGCUUGCCGGGGUCUGGCGGGAGAGAAAACAAGGAAAAACCGCGCCACCCGGACUUUUAUUUCUACUGUUGAAAGUAGAAGGUUCUGGCGCUGUGAGCUGAAGGGCUGUUUUCAACUAGCAAUAGACCGCGAGUGUGCCUGCCACUCCACGCCAUUGGUGGGCUGGUCAUGUGACCGCCUGAUGAUGAGCUGUCAUCUCCUCGCUAUUUUUCUUUCCUAUACAAAUACAAAGUUCAAGGUGACUCCACCCCCAUUUCUGACGUGGUUAGUCCCGCGAAAAAAGCCACUUGUAGGUGUGCUACAGCUCCCCUGCUGGCGGCGAGUUGUUACUGCAUGUUAAUUACAACCUCAAUCAAUCAAUCAAUCAAUGUUGGUUUAUAUAGCCCUACAUCACACGUGUCUCAAAGGGCUGCACAAGCCACAACGACAUCCUCGGUUCAGAUCCCACAUGUUGAUCACAUUGGAGCAAACACUCUUAUCACAAGAACUUAUAUGGAUAAGUUAUUGUCGCAACACAUUUCCAAAUGUGUAACUCAAUGUGUGUGUGUGUGUGUGUUUCCAGUCACGUGUCCGUCUACUAAUUUGUGUGUCUGUGUCUCAAUCUGUGAGUGUCUGAUUCAAGUGUCUGUGUACUAACUUGUGUGCCCACAUUUGGAUUUGUGUGUGCGUGUGUAAAAAAGAAAAAUAUGUCUGUAUUUCAACCUGUGUGAGUGUAAUCCGAUUCAGGUGUUGG